AUGGUUUAUAGUCUUAGAGUUUUCGUUGAGCAACGUUCUGAUGGAGAGAAGCUCCAGCCUCGGCUCUUCAUUCCCGGCGACAGAGUAGUAGGCAAAGUCGUCCUCACCCUCACAGAAGACGAGACCGUCGAAAAUAUUAUCAUCGAUCUUAAAGGCAAAUGCAAAACCAAAAUUGUCCGAGGCAGUGGCCAAAAUAGGCACACGCAUAGAUACGAACUAGAAUUCUACACCGACCGGCGGCUCUUGUUCAAAGGACCUUUCAAGAUGCGCGCCGACACUUACGAAUACCCCUUCGCGUUCCAGCUCCCUGAGAGUUUUACCUACACGGCCGGCGAUUUCAGCGACCAGAAUUGGUCUCCAGAGUACUCCACGAUGGGGACUAAGCCGUUACCACCCACGUGUUUAGGCCCGUAUGGCCGCCAUGAGUGUGAGAUCUACUACCGCCUUACGGCCCGAGUCCCCAAGACCUUUUCCGACUGGGAAGAUAAAUACCACCUGAACUUCAGCCCUCCCCGAACAGUGCCUGAUCCAAAUCCUCUCCUGAAGGCAAAUGAGAACAAUGCCUCGACAUAUCACCGCCACUACCGCCUCACGGACGACGGGACCUGCAGAACUCUGACGACUCGAGAAUCAUUGAAAGAAACAUUCAAACACAAUGCCGCAACCAACACCGUCAACUUCACCCUCAACGCCGUUGCGCCCAUAGCAAUCGUGAUAGGGCGGCCCUACACAAUAGACCUCACGCUCGCCUCUCCCGACGAAGCAACAGGCAACAUCAUGCCCGAUUUUAAGCUCAAGGCUUGGGCCCUCAUCCUAAAAUCUAGAACCGACAUCCGCGUCCCCGGUCUAUUCAGUGAUCACCAACAGUUACUUGAAGACCACAUCGAAAUCAACCACGGGACGCUCAACAUCCCUAUCCUGCUCAACAAAUCGCUCCGCAUUACCGGGAUGUUCCCUAAAGAUAGGAUCUAUGCGCCGCCAACAUUUGAUGCUUGGGCUGUGAGGAGGAAUUAUGGGCUUGAGUUGAAGAUCGAUGUCGAGUGUCUUGGGGAGACGAGUAGCUUUAAGGUUAAGUGGCCGCAUGUGUUUUUGUAUCCGGUGAAGAUGGAGGGGGGUGUUGAGGAGGCUAUUAAGGCUAUUGAGAGUGGGACGGCGCAGUUGGGGAUCGAGCAGCAGGGGGGACUGCCGGCGUAUGAAGGGGGAAGUGGGAGUGUGGUGCCGCAAGUGGAGGAGCAGUUGCCGAGUUAUGGGCAUGCGAUGAAGGGGCAGGCUGCUUAG